UACGUGCCCAUCUGGCUCUACCCGGAACCUGCCUUCCCGCCCUUCUGCAGUGGCUCUGCCUACGUUCUCUCUGCCCCAGCCGCUGCUGCUGUCCUGGGUGCUGCCCGCCUGCUGCCGCUGCUGCCUGUGGAGGAUGUGUAUGUGGCGCUGUGCGCCCACCAUGCUGGCAUUGCCCCGCGCCACCUGAACCAUAUGGCCGGGGCUACCCACUACCCGCCUGAUGCCUGCUGCUACCGGGAGGUGCUCCUCAGCGUGCACGAAGUGGAGCCUGCCGAAAUGCUGUCCAUGUGGGAGGCAGCCGAGCACCCCUGCACCGCCUGGCAGCGCUUCCUUGGCUUGACCCGCUGCCAGGUCCUGGCCUGGCUGGCUGCAGGGCUGCCAGACUCCUGAACGGAAAAUAACUUCAGGUCAAUGUAGUAUGAGAGACUUGCCAGGCUGGCGUGUUGUGCAACAAGGUAACUUCCUCUCCGUCUGCGCCAUCAGCUGCUGCAGGCGGAAGGCCUCCCCGGAGAGCUUGGCCAGGGCCACCUCCCACUCCGCCUCCAUCUUCUCCUCCUGCUCGGCCAGCCAGCCCACCCAGACCGGCUGCCUCUCCCGGAGCAGCUCCUGCAGGGACUCCAACACCAGGCCCACCUGUUCUCGGCUGCAAGUAGCACCUGUGGGGCAGAAGAAGAGGGGGGACUCAGAGGGAGGGGGAGAUUUCCUAGGGCUGCCUCCUGCCCCCUCCCCAAGAGACCCACCUGGAACUCCUGCCGGCUCUCCUCCUCGGCCUGCCUCUGAUGCAGCA